AUGUCGACGAAAACGCACUCACGAAUUGACACAGAAUACAGCGCGGACGCCGUCGAAUCCUGUCCUAUUCCAGGAUGGACGUCGUUGAUAGCCGUGGGUACAUAUCAGGUCGUCAAGGAUGGCACUGAGAACGAAGGGCACUCAGACCCAGCGGCGAGCAGACUGGGGCGCCUCCUUAUGUACAAUGUCUCGAAAGGGGAGAUUGGACUGGAUGUUUUUCUUAUUGAUCGACGCUCGUCAGAAAGGAAGGAGGAAAGUCGCCGUGACUGUGGGGCGAUCCUUGACAUGAAGUGGUCACAACAAAUGAUUGCGGAGAAGCCUUGCCUCGGCGUGGUGGAUUCACUGGGGUCAACGCAUCUCUAUCAGUUCGAUGAGGACUCAGCCAAGCCCAAUCCAGUAGCUUCCCUGCACAAUGGAAAGGAUGGAGUUCUGAACCUCUCUCUAGAAUGGUCCAACCGCUUGAAUGCCGAGGGGUCUCCGCGGAUCGUAUUCAGUUCAAGUGACGGAAGCAUUUCCCAGCUUGCCGUAGCUGACGGCGAGUUGCGUCUUCUGCAAGAGUGGCAUGGACACGAUUACGAAGCAUGGAUCGCCGCUUACAAUUGUUGGGACACAAACGUUGUUUACACUGGCGGGGAUGAUUGCGCGUUGAAGGGCUGGGAUCUGCGCAUGGAUCCGUUAUAUUCUACGUUCACAAGUAGGAGGCACGAGGCUGGUGUGUGCAGCAUCCAAAUGAAUCCGCACAAAGAGCACCUGCUGGCAACCGGAAGUUACGACGAACGUAUCCUGACAUGGGACACGCGCAAAAUGCGAUCCCCACUAAUUGACCACCACAUCGGCGGAGGCGUAUGGAGACUUAAGUGGCAUCCCACGAAUUCACAGCGCCUUUUGGCUGCAUGCAUGCACAAUGGAUUCCAUAUCUUGGACGUUGAUAGCGAUGCGGCUAGUGUGGAAGUUCAGGCGAGCUACAUGGAUCAUGCCUCUCUGGCGUAUGGGGCUGACUGGUGGUAUGGAAGUGAUCAGAUAGCUUCUAGACUAGAGAAGGCCGAUGGAGGUAGUGAAGGAGUCCAGGAUACUGUUGCGACAUGUUCGUUCUAUGACCACUCUUUUCAUGUUUGGGAUGCAUUCAAAUAG